UUCUAAUGGUGGCAUAUUAUGUGUAGUGGAUACUAUUAGGGACCAGUAAUGGAAACCAUUACAAACCGUUAAAUCCUAAUGGAAUAUGGUCCAAAAACUGUGGAAACAUUAGAGUUUCUAUUGUUUUGUUUUUUCAGUAGGGCUUUAUCCUCAGUUGCUGUACGGUCUGUGGGAGAUGACAGACUGGAAGAGACUCUGAAGAGAAGAGGCAAACGAACAGUAUAAAAUGAAGUUCAUGUUGAUCCAGUGGAUUGAGGAUCCCCCAAAAUGGGAUGUGCUCUCAACAAACAGCAUUAUAAAUGGCUUCUGUGAAACUGGGAGUAUAUGUGAUGUGUCGUAUAAAGAGGAAACCAAAAUCAAAACAAAAGCAAAAAUUUUAAACAUUGGAACUAGAUCUGCAAUGCUGAAACAGCUUUACAGUGUGGAGAAAAGCCAGUCCAACAGAAACAGGCCAAGAGAGGAUACAGAAUUAAGGAGGGGUCAACACCAGAAAAACAGAAAUAGAACUCUGUCUGAGUCAGACAGCAGUGAAGAAAUUGAUGAGCCCAGUAGGGAUGCAGCAACAGAGGCAACAAGGAAUGAAGUUGGAUGUAAUGAGCAAAUAUUGGCAGAAUUAAAAGAAAUUAAGAGUGUUCUGGUGAACAUUCUUGAACUAGUAAAAAAUGGAUGCACUCCAGUUAUAACUGCCCCAGUACAUACUUUGGUGGUAACUCCCCCUGUACUCGCUUCAGAUAUGCCAGCCCCAGAAUCUACCUCAGUGGUACCUGCCCCAAGUUCCGGUGACUUCAAAAAGGUGAGAAUUGGACCCAACACAAUCAUCAGUGCAGAAGAUUUUGCUCAUGUGAAAUGGUUAGACCCCAAGAAAGCUACAAAAGACCUCCUGAUGGCAGUGUUUGGAAGAAGAACAUUGGCAACACACUGCUACACUGGAAAAUGUUCCAAUGCUUUCAAGGGAAAACCAGCAAAGCCUCAGUUAGUGCCUCAGAAUGUGUCUGACAUCAUAAGAUACAUCAAAAAUAAAUUCAACGUGGAAGGGACUCUAAUCAAGAAAGCCAUCUCCCAGAAAUGUGCGGAUGAAUGCAAGCGAUCAAAGAGAAACCAGAAUUAAUUUGCAUCAGAAAGAAUUAUACUUUUUAUUUUAUUUAUAACACUAUUGCAUAACAGUGUGAAAUAACAUUGUAUUUCACACUGUUAUUCAAAAAUGUACUACUUUAUUCGUUUUGUUGAAAGCCUGAAUUGAAUACAGUAGAAACUAUAGUAGUACUUACUAUUUCAUGGUAAGUAAUUAAAAAAGUAAUUAAUGUAGAAAUGUAAAGGCCAGUUCACACUGCCCCAACAGACACCAACACUUCAAAGUUUCUAAAGUUGACUGUUGUAUUUAGAAUGUUGAGAAACAUAACUGUCGUAUUCACACUUACGUCUUUGUGUCGUUGUUUGCCGUUGAAGACGACUGACAAGGAAUAGGUUGCGAAUGAAGUCAAACAUGCGCAAUUAAUUUAUAAAUAACCACUACGUUUAAAAAAACGUAUUGUGUUUGCUGGGAACGUAUUCAUUCCGCAAGUUCCGUUGGAGGACAGUAAUCCAGCGGCAAAAAAAAAAAACUAUUGUUAUGUUGGGAAAGUUAAUAUUGUAAAUUAUUGCAGAUCUGCAUUUCGUUCAGUAUUUGCUUUUACUGUGUGAUUCGACGGCGUUUGAUAAAUAAAGGAUCUGUGUUUUUCAUGCGAGUGAAAAGAGUGCUUCAGCACAAAUUAGUUUCCGUCCGUGUCUUGCCUAUUUGUACAUAUUUCCUCAUGCAUGAACCCAACAGUAACAUAUAAUUUUGUUUUCUUUAGAAAGGAACGGAUUGCUUUAACAAGUUCGCUUCAAAAAUGUGAAUAGUCGUGACUGUGUUUCUCCUGCUUGAUCAAUGCAGGUGCGGCCACGCGCAUUCAUUUUCUGUGAGUUGACAGGGACGCUUACCUCAUAGUCAUGGCAAUAGUUCACGCUGAAGUCAGAAUUUGUCGGAGUUCGUUGGAAAAUCACACCAGACUGCUCAAACUUUCCAAGACCUGACAAACAAAUGCCAACAAACACCAACAGGGUGAACAUACUGAUCCGACAAAACCCAACAAGUGUGUUUGUUGGAGUUUGUUGGGGCAGUGCAAAUUGGCCUUUAGAGUAACAAAAAAUGGAAUUAAUAUCAAGUGUAGCGUCAGUCCAGGCAGGCCACAUUAGUCAAGUUUGCAAUCAGCUGAUGCUUAGCUGAUCAUGACAUCUACCAAUACAAUUCAGAUGCUUAUCAAAGUGGUUCUAUUUCAUCCCUCCAACUAUUCAUUCCCUUAGCUGCCUUUCCAUUGCAUGGAGCUGCACUUAACACUCUCCUCCAUCCCCAGGUCCACCUCGCUUUUAGCAUUUAGUUUUCUCAACUCUCUCUCUCUCUCUUUCUGUCUUGUUGUUCUGUGCUCUUGAAGACUACAAUUGAUUGCCAGUUUGAAAUUCCUAUCUUCAUGUAUUAUUGCGCCUUGUAUAAUCUGAAGUUUUAUUAAGAGUCCAUUUAAUCUAAAAUGCAAAUGAACUGUACCAUGCUGCACUGUCAGAAAUUAUUUAUUUACAUGUUGUAAUAAUUCUGCUGUAUCUUUUCUGUUACCCCUGGGGUGUUUUUAUGUGCCGUGCUUCCUGCUUUGUCCAUGCAUGCAUUGCUGCAUGGAUGGGCAGGGAGUUUGCCCAGAACAGAACCAUACCGCCAACACCAACAGAUUGCUUCAGUUGUCUGUACUGUAAAUUAAUUAAAUUAUUCAUUCAAAGUAUUCAAGUCAAAGUAUUCAUUUGACAGAAGUGGUCCUGA